AAGAAACAAAACAACAACAACAAACAUGCCUUCUCUUCGACACAUCAUGGUCGCCGCCCUCGCCGGCGCUGCUUCCGCCAUGCCCGCGGGUGGACGGCUCAGCGAGCGACAACUCCGGUACCAUUCUCUCGCCAAGCGCCAGAACGAUGCCGCUGCAGGCGCGGGUCUCAACGACUUUGACAUUCUUCAAUUCGCCCUGACUCUUGAGAACCUCGAAGAAACCUUUUACAGAACUGGUUUCGCCAAGUUUCCCGACUCUGACUUCGCCGCCCUUGGCCUCGACGAGUCGACUAUCGCGGACCUCAAGAACAUCGGCGCCACCGAGGCCCAGCACGUCGGACUCCUGCAGUCGGCCCUCGCCCAGGGCGGCAUCCAGCCCGUCCAGGCAUGCGAGUAUGACUUCAAGUUCACCGACGCCGCCGGCAUGGUUGCCACGGCCGCCGUGCUCGAGAACGUUGGUGUUUCGGCCUAUCUCGGAGCCGCGCCGCUCCUGUCGGACAAGGGCAUCCUGAGCACCGCCGGCGCAAUCCUCACUGUUGAGUCGAGGCACCAGACGGCCAUUCGCGUCUUUUCCCAGCAGAUCGCUGUGCCGCAGGCGCUCGAUACUCCUCUGGGCCCGCGUGCCGUCUUCUCCCUCGCGGCCCCCUUCAUCGUCUCGUGUCCCGAUGGCUCCAACCUCAACAUCGCCGCAUUCCCCCCUCUCGCCAUGGCCGAGGGAGCUCCUGCGGCCGCCGCCAUCGGAGCAUCCAUCAAGCUCGCCUCCACGGCCGCCACGGGUGCGACAAACUGCGCCUUUACCUCUGGAGGCUCGCUCCCCGGUGGCACUAAGUUCUCUGCCUUCACCGAAGCGGACGGCUGUGAGAUUCCCCAGAACAUCGCGGGCGUGACAUAUGUUACCCUUACAAGCGACGCUCCUAUAGAUGGAGUCCUGACUGAUGCGAUCACCGUGGCUGGGCCCAUGGUUCUAACUAUUUCGUAACGGAGUGGUCGGGGUCCCAUUUGAGAUGGGAUGGAAAAUGAUGAAUAGAGCAAAUCCUAAUUAGCCCUUUUUAUCACCAUAUCCUUCUCAUUUGACUUACAUUCUCAGACAGAAGGACAACUUGGAUUGACCAAGUUCAAGCUCGUCAUACCUAAUGCCGUCUGUUUUUUCUUUGUUGCAUUAAGAGCUAAGUCCUGCCCGCAGGCAAAAAACUGUUCACUUCUACGAAUUUCUUUCCCCGGACAAUUGCAUGCGCAACGUCCAAGCAUUAGCUAGCUAGAGGGGCUAUGAUAC